AUGCUACGCAAACGCCUUCGCCGAAUUACGAGAAUACAUCAUCAUCAAGCAGCCAAGGGCCUUUGGUCGCCACUGGAGUCGUGCGUAAUGGGCAUCGUGGUACUCAUGGGACUGUCCCUUUUGAUAUUCUGGUGCUAUCGUCGGAGAAGGAAAGCAGCCCGCCAUCUUCAUGAAGCCGUCGCCCUCGAGAGUCCUAGCAACGAGUACGGUCCGGCCUCGCCUUUCCGCGAUAAUGUCGACCCCAGUUUCACUGAAAUGACUGAUAACCGUACGGUCUCUAACGAAGACGAAUUUACCAUUCAACACCCCGAACCCGGCUAUCAACCUCCUUCCCAACCGCCGAUGUCGCCUCAAAUGCAGGACACACCGAGAACAAACCCAUAUGCAGCAUCUCCCUUCUCAUACGCGCAAGCGCAACAAUAUGUUCAAUCUCUAGCAGGCACAGGGACAUUCGGCUUCCCUCCGCCGCCUCCAAUCCCAGAGCCAUCGCCUAUCCGCAUCUUCAGAUGGCCAACUCGUUCGUCCCGCAGCGGCAACUCUACCCCUAGUGUCUUCUCCGGAUUCCGCACACCCAAGACGCCCACUCGCACUCUCUCUCGGGCUUCUCGAAGUACCGUGUCAUCGAUGUUAUGGCACGGCCGCAAGGACGUUGCCCGGAGGACCAUCAUACGUGCCCCCGGAUCUCAAAAGUCAUCAAAGUCAACAAAGUCGCGUACCAACAUUUCUUCUCACAGCCCCGAGAGCACGAUGCCGGAGGGUCUACAUACUCCCAUCUUGGAUUGGCUUCACUGGAUCCGAGGCCACCAACAGGUCGAGCCCGAUCCAGAGAUGAACCAUCGAAAGAGCUUCGCCAGCACUACGGAGAGCUCAAUUUCCGAAACAAGCGUUGCGAGCACAGCUAGUAGCGGUGUCUUCUCGCCCACACUCCUUUCUUACCAUCCACCAGCCAAUACGCCGAGUGUCACAACCGAGACCAUUCAAUAUUUACCUCUGCCUUUAUUUAAGAAAAGAGCCAGUGAUAAUAACAGCGAGGUCACGGUGGAAGCGUCCGGUACGGUCCGCAUCCCGAGUUUUGGAUGA